GAUAAAACACACUGCCUGCGGGAGCACGGGGGCAUUGCUUCAAGAGAUGGCAAGGCAGGCAGCUGCACCCCUCCUUCCCGGAGUCCUCCUCCUCUUCUCCAUCCUCCCGGCUUCUCAGCAAGGAGGGGUUCCUGGUGCUAUCCCGGGAGGGGGAGUCCCAGGAGGAGGCUUUUUCCCAGGUGCUGGGGUUGGAGGUUUGGGAGCAGGACUCGGGGCUGGAGCAAAACCUCUCAAACCAGGUGCUGCAGGUCUCUUCCCCGGAGGCGCCUACCCCGGGGGCGUCUUCCCAGGUGCUGCCGCUGCCGCUGCGCUCAAGGCUGCUGCGAAAGCUGGUGCGGUGGUACCGGGCGGGGUGCAGCCCGGGGUUGGCGCGGCAGGGAAACCCCCCAAAGUACCAGGUGCUGGGAUUCCUGGAGCUUUCCCGGGCGGUGUGCUCCCCGGCGCAGGUGUCCGCUUCCCUGGCGUAGGGGUGCUGCCCGGGGUACCCACUGGUGCUGGAGUCAAGCCGAAAGGUCCAGGAGCAGGAGCCUUCGCAGGAAUCCCCGGACUGGGAGGUUUUGGAGGUCAGCAGCCCGGUGUCCCUCUGGGGUAUCCCAUCAAAGCUCCUAAGCUCCCAGGUGGCUAUGGAUUGCCCUACAGCACUGGUAAGCUGCCCUACGGCUUCGGGCCCGGCGGGAUAGGAGCCGGCAUCGGGGCAGUAGGAAAGGCAGGGUACCCCACCGGGACAGGAGUCGGAGCACAGGCGGCAGCAGCAAAAGCAGCAGCGAAGUAUGGAGCCGGAGUCCUGCCUGGGGCUGGCGGCAUCCCGGGAGUCGGCGGAGUGGUACCCGGUGUUGGCAUUGUCCCAGGAGCCGGAGUUGGAGGGCCGGCAGCGGCGGCGGCAGCGGCGAAGGCAGCGGCGAAGGCAGGAGCUUUUGGUCCAGGGGUGCUGCCCGGGGUAGGCGGUGUCCCAGGCCUCGUGCCCGGCGUUGGUGGUGUCCCCGGCUUGGUACCUGGCGUCGGAGGUGUCCCCGGGGGUGGAGUCGGGGCGCCAGCAGCAGCGGCAGCAGCAGCAAAGGCAGCUAAGUAUGGAGCUGGCGUCGGUGUUCCCGGCAUUGCCGGUGUUCCUGGUGUUCCUGGUGUUCCUGGUGUCCCCGGUGUCCCCGGCGUGCCCGGUGUGGCUGGGGUUCCUGGCGUGGUGCCCGGUGUCGGAGUGGGUGUCCCAGAUGCUGCGGCAGCCGCGGCGAAGGCUGCAGCGAAAGCCGCAGCGUUCGGAGCAGGGCGCGUGCCCGGUGUUGGCGUGCCCGGGGUUGGUGUGCCCGGUGUUGGUGUGCCUGGAGUUGGUGUGCCUGGUGUUGGCGUGCCCGGUCUGGUGCCUGGUGGGGUCGGAGGCAUACCAGGAGUCGGAGGUCCAGUGGCCGCCGCUGCUGCCAAAGCAGCCGCCAAAGCAGCCAAGUAUGGUGGCCUCGCUCCCGGUGUGGGUGGCCUUGCUCCUGGCAUAGGUGGCCUGGCUCCUGGAGUGGGUGGCCUGGCCCCUGGCAUUGGAGGUGUCCCAGGGGUCGGAGUUCCGGCUGCAGCAGCAAAAGCAGCAGCGAAGGCAGCCAAAUUCGGUGCUGGCGUCGGAGGGGUCCCAGGCGGGGUGCCUGGCGUUGCCGGAGUGCCAGGAGUGACACCCGGUGUUGGCGUUGUGCCUGGGUUGGUGCCGGGUGUGGGGGUACCCGGUACUGGCAUCCUCCCCGGGGCAGGCAUCCCCCAAAUAGGGGUGCAGCCUGGUGCUAACCUCCCAAAUUCGGCGUUCCCGGGGCUGGAGUCCCAGGGGUCGGCGGCAUCCCAGGUGGCCUUGGAGUCGGUGGCCUUGGAGUCGGUGGCCUUGGAGUUGGUGGGCUUGGUGCUGGGAUCUUGUAUCCAGGAGCUGUUGGGAAACCUCCCAAGCCAGGUUUUGGUGUUGGGGGGCUGCAGCCAGGGGCUGGAGUUCCUGGCUUUGGCGUGUCACCGAUAUUUCCAGGUGGGGUCGCCGGCCAGCUGGGAUUUGGUGGGAAGCCCCCCAAGGCCUUCGGAGGAGCCCUCGGUGCCCUGGGCUUUAGAGGCGGCGUGGGCUGCGCACAAGGGAAGUACUGCGGGAGGAAGCGGAAGUAACCGCCCGCCGUCACCGAUGACCUCAUGAACUUUGGUGCUACUGCAUGGUCCAGAAUGUAAAUCCCAAGCAAAGCUGAGACACCCCCCCCUCCACCCCAAAACCCGGACCCCCCCCCUCCAUGCCGGGGCCAUCCCUGGUCCCACGUUCCCAGAGGGACCUCGCGCCUCCGGCAGCACCUGUGUCCACCCCCCCAGCCCCUCCGGCCCAGCAGGGAGUGCGGAAUAAACUGCGGGGAGCAGCCGUCCCCCUUGGUGCUAUCGCUCCCUGCGGGAUUUUGGGGGGGGGGGGGGAGUCUUGGGGUGUCAUCCCCCCCAGCCCCAGAGCUGACCCCGCGGGGGGUGGG